AUGUUUUGGUUAUCAUUUGGUUUUCUAAGAUUGCAAAGGGAGAAUAGGAGAUCGUCUGUUAAAAAACUAAAUAUUAAUUUAGGAUUGUUAAUCGCACUCUUCUAUGUCACGACAGCAGGCACAGUUAAGACUGCCAAAGAUUUGGAAGAAAAGCUAUUCCUGAAGUACUUCAGAAAGCAUCGUCCUGUGAAAAAAGACAGUGACCAAAUGAACAUCCAAAUUUAUCUUCUAAUUGGACACAUUGAAUUUGUGGAUGAGCACGAACAAACGAUGCUUUUACAUGGCUUACUUUGGGCCAGUUGGAACGAUACCAAUCUGAUGUGGAAGCCAUCUGACUACAAUAAUACAAAGCAAAUUACUGUUGGUACCUACAAAAUAUGGCUGCCAGCACUGUCGCUUUAUAACAGUGCUCGAGGUCACGGCUGGAAUUUGCAUAUGGGAGGAUUACCAGCAGCUGUUAAAUACGAUGGCACCGUUUGGGCGUCUGGAUCAUUCAGCUUUUACGUCACUUGUCUUUUUGACUUUACAAACUAUCCGUACGACGUUCAGACAUGUCCCAUCGUAAUUGCUGAUUGGGUGUACGAUUUGUCUAAGGUAAAUCUGUCAGAUCCAGACGGAGUGCCUUCUUUCAAACCUGCUGUCAAGUUGAGCUAUGACCCAUUGAAUGAAAUUGGCGAGAAAACUACUGUUAAUGAGCAGUCUCUUGACAAGUGUAACAUCUCUUUUUUUUGA